GCUAAUCAUCUGGUAGUCGUCGUCCACGACAUCAUCAUCCUCGCAGCGUACGUUCACCUCUACCUCUUCAAAGCACCCUCUUCCUGCCAGACCAGACUGGGCCGUUGGCCUGAAGGCGCAGCCUACUCUCUCUGCACGUCACAACGAUUCGCGGACAAUGUCUCCUGCACGAAUAGGCGGCAACUUGCCUCAUCACCCACGCUCACACCAGCCGCCUCCGUCGCUGCAGGGCAUCGACUUCCCUCCACUGUCCUCUGGCCCUGUGCCAGAAAAGAAACCUCCAGUUGUAGCAGGGGCAUGGACUAACGCUUCAAGCGUGCGUUCAGCGUUGCGGGCGGGCCCAUCAGGCAGCAUAAACUCACCAGCGACAGGGAGUGCGCUUGUGCACUACCCCAACUCCCAUGGUGGGACCCGAGGUCCGAGUCCAAACACUUGUCAUCUGGACGAGCAGGAUCGCGCGUUCGAUCGACCGCCGGCGAAGAACGGCACUGAACCAUUCAACCCCAAAGGCGGGCGUCCGCAGGCUGCGAAUGGUAUGGGCGUGGCGGAGGAAGGAAGCACGCCGGACGAUUUGGCUGAUCGAGUCGAAGGGCUGACCUUGGCUGCGAACAGCGAGAUGCUGUUCACUGCUUCCCCUCCUCCAGCGAUGCCAUCAAGCGAUCCGCAGUAAGUUAGCUGGGCGAGAGGAUAGCUGAGAUCCGGGCUGAGGUGCGUUUCUUGGGUGCAUGGAAUGCGUUGUAAUCAGGUCUCAAGUUUGCCUGCUAUCCCUUAAAUAAUGUCCUGAUCGCGGACGGUCUCAUCUGCAGUCUCAAAGUCGUAUUUGGCUGCCUGUAUCGGUAUGCCCCAUUAUUGCUGUGCGCGCGUGUCGUCUGUUGUAUUAGCACUCAUCGAAGUUCGAAAAACAUGGAAUAUCGCUAGAACCUCGAGCCACGGUUCCCCCCCAAAACCCCGUACUCUAAUACACAGUCCAGAGUAAUACAACAAUGUCCGCAAUAAUGUCCUAGGCUAUGAUACUCCGCGGCUCUUUUGCGUGCGUGUUUACCGAGAACGCUUGAACAGCUGCUUCAGCGAGCUCCACCCAACCCGGCGGUGCACGACAAGCGACUCGGAGCUCGCAGACCAGCACGACACCUCGCCCCGUGGCAGGACCUCGCCCGACUCCAUCCCCUGGGCAUUCAUCCCAUGCAGCUCGCCCGCGAGUGGGUCCUUUGCAAAGGGGUCUUCCAUCACGAGAUCUCUGGCAGACAAAUUGUAGGGGAGUUCUUCUCCGAGAUCGAACGAGCACGCCUUCUGCGCGAGGCUCUCGGGUACAGAGACAGGCGAAGGCGGGGGCGUUUCUGUCUUCCUCGGGUUCUGGCCCCGGAGAAGUGGUCUAGAGAGUGCGCGUCGCAGCCACUUGGUGGGCGACGAAGGUGUGGAAGGCGAGGGUGGGUGACACUCAGAGGUCGCGGAGCUGCUGCGAGAGCGGACGUAAAAAGUUUCUCUGACUGGGGAAGCCUGUUUAGGAUGUGAAAAGCUGUAAAGUAGGAGC